AAUGCACCUGCACGGAGGGAGGGGGGAGGAGACGGAACCUGCACUAGGUGAGACUUCCAGACAGACAGGUCGGGCCAGAUUCUGGGAGCUGCUCUGGGCCAGGUGAGACUGCCUGACAAAAGCCUGACGGUGCGAGAGCUCGGUCACAAUCAGGAGGAGGGUGAGGAGAGAAGAGAGAGAGAGGGUCUGGAUGAGGAGGUGAGUGUGAUGGGUCCUCAUAAAAUCCUGGAAUAUACAGAAGAGGAAAUAGGGCUUUGGACGGAAUAAGAGUAUAGGAGGUAGAUAAGAGCGUGUGUGGAGCCGCCGGUACCAGCAACUACAUGCCAAGGACGCAUUCAAAGGUUGCCAGGCAGAUAAACAGCAGAGCCGGUUCAGCAGAUGUCCCGAGGACUUAUGGGAAAACCUAUAAGAGCGACUAACCCCUGGGAGGACUAACUCUCUGGUGUGUAGAUCUCCAAUGCUGAAUUGUUCAUUAUGGCAGAAGAAGAAGCAGCCCCGGAUACCAACUCUGAGGGUGACGGACUCUCCGAAUGUGUAAUCUGCUUCACACCAUAUGACACUCUCUUCCAUCUUCCCAAAAUCCUCUCCUGUGGUCACGUGUUCUGCCUAGAAUGCCUCUCCCGGAUCACGGUUGGAUCGACGGAGCCGCAAACUCUCCCCUGCCCCAUAUGUCGGUCGGCCACGCCGGUUUCCUCAAAGAAAGGCCCACCUGCGCUGUCCACAGACAGAAACCUGUUGACCAGGCUCAACAAAUCGUUCUCCUGCCCAACGCCUUCCCUGAGGUUCAACCGGAAGCGCGGCGUUUUGUAUGUUCCACAGACUAACAGCCUAAACAUCAGCUCGGUGAGCCUCAGCGUGGACUUAGGACGACCUCCACCGGACCCUCACUCCCCUCGAAGGUUGUGCCUGCUCUUCAGGUCAGGUGGCUGCGUCUUCUACGGCUCUAUCGUUCUGAUCAUCAUUCUGACCAUAGCGCUCAUCCUGGCCGGAGUCUAUAUCUUCUACUUACUCCCUUGGCGUUUCAAUAGCACUGCGGGCCCUGGAAUGGGGGGCAAUACUACCGUCACACCAAAUAAUACCACCUCAGGAACUGGUGAUCGUUGAGUCCUGUCGUAUUAGCCGACGGUAACAUUUUUAAAGCUUGGACUUCUGAGGAUAAGAAAAGAUGAACACAAAUAAUAACUUCUGCCCAUGGCAGGAAAUCUCUUCUCCGUUAGCUGGCUGUUGAUGGCCACCACCAUAGAAUCUUGGGACAAAGGUCUUCUUCUACACCUCUCAGUGCUACGGAGAUGCUGCAGUUGACUGUGCCUUCUAAAACAUGUCAUCAGGAAAUGCCAAUGUGCCAACGCCAGAUCCUAGAAAUGAGUUCUUGCGAAAGGUUGAUUCAUCAAAGCACUGCCAGAAGGAAGCACUGUGCCAUUGAAUGAGCCAUUAAGUCUGACUUGCUGAGAGCUCUUCAUGGGCUCUCGCUAAUGACUUGCUGCUAUUGUAAUGAAGAAUUAAAAUUGUAAAUUAU